AUGAUCACGCACUUCAAGGACGGCAAGCGCCUGCCGCUGCGCUAUGCGUGGCAGAUCAUGCUGGGCGCGCAGCGCGCCUUUCUGCAGGAGGGCCCGCUGGUCGAGUACAACAUCCCCGAGGGCCGCACGAUCGAUGUCAUUGGCGACACGCAUGGACAGUUCUACGACUUCAUCCAUCUCCUCUCCCUCACGGGCCACCCGUCGGCGUCGCACGCGCUGCUCUUCAACGGCGACGCCGUCGACCGCGGCUCGUGGUCGUGCGAGAUUGUGCUCACCAUCCUCGCGUACAAGUGGCUCUUCCCCAAGUCCUGCUUCUUCAACCGCGGCAACCACGAGACGCACGGCAUGAACCAGGUGUACGGCUUCGAGGGCGAGUGCAAGGCCAAGUUUGGCGGCGACCUGACAUACAAGAUCUUCACCGAGCUCUUCGUCGCCCUGCCGCUCUCGACGCUCAUCUCGGCGCCGCGCGCGCCGCUGCAGGGCGCCGACCUGCCGCAGCACUACUCGCAGGCGCAGCGCUCGCCCAUCCUCUCGCCCGAGGGGCGGAAACGCUUCUUCGUCGUGCACGGCGGCCUCUUCUCCAAGGACGGCGUCACGCUCGAGGAUAUCAAGGCCAUAGACCGGUUCAAGGGCAAUGGCCAGCCUGGCAGCGAAGGCCUCGUUGUUGAUAUGUUGUGGGCUGAUCCUCAAGCGGCUAAUGGACGCGGCCCGAGCAAGCGCGGCGUGGGCCUUGGCUUCGGUCCGGACAUCACGAGAGCUUGGUGCGAGCUCAACGGCGUCACCGCUGUGCUGCGCAGCCAUGAAGUCAGACAAGAGGGCUACUCCGAGGAGCACGAUUCGCUCUGUGUCACCUACGUCGACCAAGUGGGCAACAAGGGCGCAUUUGCACGCAUCGACGACCAAGGCACGAUGACGUACCAGCAAUUCUCAUGUCAACCGCACCCCGACAUCAAGCCGAUGGCGUACACGCAGCCUUCCAUGGGCGGCAUGCUGUCGUAA